UUCUAUAUGUGUCUACAGUUUUCUUUCACACUUUAACCUUAUAAAUACCCUCAGAGAGUUGGUUGGUUUCAACAAGAUCAAGCAAGACCUAAACUAAGAUAUGGCUAAGGAAAUGGUGACGCUUGCUUUGAUUUUCACAAUUGUUUUCAAUGCUUUCUCUCCAGCAAUAGCUGAGAAGCGCAACUUUAAGCCUCUUUCGGAGGGUGAAAUUGUUUGGGCUACUAAUGAGGAUGAGCAGGCGCCAGCUAGACGAUAUGGUCCGUGGAUCCGGCAGCCCAUCUUCUCAUUUCCAGGUAAUACGAUUUGCAAUCGAUGGAACUCUGGUGUAUCAUGUGCCAAUUGCGAUAGGUACUGUAAGCAGGCAUACCCCUGGCCUAAUGCUUAUGGUCGUUGCGAGGGAUUCAUAUAUAAGACGUGCCACUGUUAUUAUGACUGUCCUUACUGAGCCUUGGUAAUGGCCGUUUGUGUAUGGUCAUCUUCAUAUUUAACCUAAAAAAUUAUGUAUGUUUGCAUGUGUUUGUGUACGUAUGUAUGCAUCAGAAUAAAAGAAUUAUUUUCGUAUGACCUGA